GUCGGAUAUUUUUUAUUUUAUUGUAAAUAUUAUCAGCAUGUUCCACAGAGAGUAUUACUUUCCUUAACAUGAUGCUACUUUAGCUAACUUUCGGCUUUACGUGCAGAAUCUUGUCGAGUUAGUUUGCAUUUAAGCUACUUUUCGGAAUGCAAUUUAUAAUAUCUGCAGUUUUGUAAACGUCUGUUCACAUCAUGGAUGGACAUGGUCAGACUAAUGAUGUUCAGGCAGAGCUGGAAUCGGUGGAGGCAGAGCUGGAACUGGUGGAACUCCAGAUAGCGGAGCUGGUUGAAAAGAAAACGGAGCUGACAUCCCGCAAAAACUCGCUGCUGUGCAUACUAGAGGAAGCCUGUGACGCUGCAUCAGGUUCCUCAAGCCAAUCUUCUAGAACUGCUUCUGAAAUGAGCAAAGAGGAGCUGCAACACUAUGAUGGCCUAGAUUUUUCCUGGUCCAAAAAUGUUGCGCACCACCUCAAUGAGUCAUUCCACCUUUCGAAAUUCAGACCACUGCAAAUGAGGGCCAUCAAUCUGACUCUUUCUGGAAAGGAUGUAUUCCUGGUGAUGCCGACAGGUGGAGGGAAAAGCCUCUGCUAUCAGCUACCUGCAGUCUGCUCCAACGGUUUUACACUGGUCGUGACUCCUCUUAUAUCUCUGAUGGAGGAUCAAAUCAUGUACCUGAAGUCCAUCAACGUGGCAGCAGAAAUGCUCAAUGCUUCGAGUACCAAGGACCACUCUAAGACUGUUUUAGCUGGUAUGAUUGACAAAAACGCCCCGUUUAAGCUUCUGUACGUGACUCCGGAGAAAAUCGCCAAAAGCAAGAUGUUCAUGUCUCGUCUGGAGAAGGCCAACAACGCCAAUCUUCUGAGUCGUAUCGCUGUCGAUGAGGUGCAUUGCUGCAGCCAAUGGGGACACGACUUCAGACCAGAUUAUAAACUGUUGGGCAUUUUGAAGAGGCAGUUUCCUAAAGUCCCAGUGAUUGGGCUAACAGCUACAGCUACUAGCGGUCUCCUCAAAGACUGUGGCGAGAUCCUGUGUAUAAAAAACCCAAUCACACUCAGAGCCUCAUUCAACAGAACCAAUCUCUAUUAUGAGGUUCGCGCUAAAACGUCAGAGGACUUAUUGAUAAAAGACAUCGCUUCGCUGGUAAAGAAUCGAUACAAGGAUCAGUCAGGGAUUAUAUAUGUAUUCUCUCAGAAGGACGCAGAGUCUGUGUCCUCUCAACUCCAACAGAGGGAUAUCUCGGCCGCUCCCUACCACGCCAACUUGAACCCUGACGAGAAGUCUCGCACUCAUCGCAGGUGGAUUGCCGGCAAAAUUCAGGUGGUGGUAGCCACUGUGGCAUUUGGCAUGGGAAUCGACAAACCUGAUGUCAGAUUCGUCAUCCAUCACACCAUUAGCAAAUCUGUUGAAAACUACUACCAGGAGAGUGGACGGGCAGGCCGAGACGAUCUUCCAGCCGACUGCAUCGUCUACUUUGGCUUUGCUGACAUCUUCCGCGUCAGCACAAUGGUCGUCAUGGAGAAUGUCGGUCAACAAAAGCUCAAUCAGAUGGUCACCUACUGCCAGAAUGUGGACAGGUGUCGUCGAUCUCUCUUGGCAGUACAUUUUGACGAAGUGUGGGAUGACAAACAAUGCAACAAGAUGUGCGAUACGUGCCGCGAUGGGAAAGAUGUCAUCUCCACCAACAUUACCGAACACGCCAGACAGGUGGUUCAAAUUUUAGAGCUAGCGGCAUCCAUGGAUGAGAAGCUAACGCCACUAAAAUUAGUGGAGGCCUGGAUGGGGAAAGGGCCUGCCAAGCACCGGAAGUCAAUCGAGACCACCACGCUGUCUCGACACCAGGCUGAGAGUGUGAUUGUCCAACUGCUACUGCAGGGGUACCUUAGGGAAGAUUUUAGUUUCACGCCAUACACGACCCACUUUUACCUCAUGCUGGGCCGCAAAGCUCCCUUGUUAAAGAGUGAAAGUCACAUUCUGAAUAUGAAGAUGCUGUCGCAAUUUUCUCAGUCUUCAUUGGAUGGGCCAGCUCCUAGUGAGGAUAUCAUUGGUAUGGUCCUGUCAAGGAAAGCUAACAUAAGCGCAACUGGUAAGACAGACAAAAGAACAGUCAUGACGUCCCAAAAUGUCAUUGAAGUGAGCGUUGAGAUCAGUACACCAGUUAAGUCUUCCAAACGUAAAUCCACCACCCCUCAAAGAGCGAGAAAGAAACCCCACGCCGUCCCCGGUUCGCCGUCCCCGUCCUCCUUUAUUUCGGAAACUGCAGUCGAAGAACUGAGUGACUUGCGAGACUACUACCGGAAUCAGCUUCGGAGAAUAAAUUACAUCUCCCAUGAGUAUUUGGGGCAGCCGGACGAGUCGGGGAUGCUGGCGUGCAUCCGGGAACCCUUGAAGUCCUUGCGGCUGCCUCGUGGAAUGACCAUCGCGCAGACGGCUCGCAGCUUGUGGACACGGGUCAGCGGUCGGAGGAAGUUGGUCCACCGGUGAUCGUAAAACAGGUUUUUGCUACAGUAAUAUUGAGAGAAGAUAUUAAAAUGAUUGAAACAUACUGUGUUUUCCGUAGUGUAAGACAAUCUAGUCAAAAAAAAUUUCUCAGGACUGCAAAAACGGUCCAAAAUUUUACAGAAUAGAUGCUCAAAAUGUUAAUGGUUACAAACGUUAACUUGGUAAUUUUAAGUCCCCCAUUCUGUCUUUUGGCGUUCCACAAGGUUCGUUUUGGAGCCACUGUUUUUUUUUUUUUUUUAUCUCUAGAGUCUAUUUUGAGAAGGCGCUACAGUUCCUUCCUUUGGGAAGUGGCCAAAUUAUUUUUUUCUGUUCAGGAAAAUUAAAUUCUGACCUUUGACCUCAUGACCCCAAAAUGCUAUCACAUGUUGAGAUUUGUAUCACACACAUAUGCUGUAGAUUUGAUAAUCCCUUUAUUCGUUCUUGAGUGAUGUUUACCACAUACUUCUGACCUCUGUCACCUUUGAUCUCAUACCCACAAAUUUUCUUCAAAUAGUCCUAUCAUCUGCCCUACAAGUUUAAGUUAACUAAUCCUUAAAGUUAUCGCAAAAUUAUUUUCCUGACCUUUGACCUCAUGACCCUAAAUUUAAUCACGUCUUCCAUUUCAUAUUAAAAACAUAUCCUGCAGGUUUAAAAAUAGUCCCUUUGUUCGUUCUUGGUUAUCUUAAACACAUAUUUCUGACCUCUGUGACCUUUGACCUCCUAUCCCCAAAUUGUCUUUAACACAAACAUACACUCAUCAUGUACCCUACAAAUUUAAGUUAAAUAGGAUAAUCUGUCAUCAAGUUAUCACACAAUUAUUUUCCUGACCUCUGUGACCUUUGACAUUAUGAGCCUAAAAUUAAAAUAUCUAAUUUACACUUAAGUUAACAUGCUGAAAGCUGGUAGUGUAAAGAAGCCCAAAUAUUAAUUAAAUUCUAACUUUUUUUAUACUGAUAACAUGAGUGCGUUUGUUUAUCUACACAUAAGCUAAUAUGCUGAUGUAAGAAGUAGCGUGAACAAGCUAAAGAUUUAAGCUUGUUUGUGUUGCGAGCUUUAGCAUGUUAGCUUAUCUUAUUGACAUGUAAGCUAACAUGCUGCCACCAGCAGUGUAAACAAGUUAAAACAAAAUCAACAAAAUUUUAGCUUGUUUCACUGCUAACAUCAGCAUAUUCGCUGAUCUACACAUAAGCUAAUAUGGUGACGUGAGCAGCACAAACAAACUAAAAAUUUAAGGUUGUUUGCGUUGCUAGCUUGCGCAUGCUAGCUUAUCUGCACGAUAGCCAACAUGCUGUAGCUAGCAGCAUAAACAAGUGAAAAUAUCAAGUACAAUUUUAGCUUGUUUCGUUGCUAACAUCGGCAUUCCCGCUGAUCUACACGUAAGCUAAUAUGCUGCAGCUAGCAGUGUAAACAAGCUAAAAUAUAAACUAAAAUUUUAGCUUUACGCUGCUAUAACAUGUGAAUGAAGCCAAUGCAUGCAUUCAUGAUUGAUUUUCAUGGCCCACACAAAACGAUGUGGUGGACCAGAUCUGGACCCUGAGCCACAGGUUUGACAUGUGCAAACAUAUCAGGAAAAGUUCACUAGCCUUUACUUUGAAAAAUGGUUUAAAAAAAUGGAUGCCAACACAUAGCAGUGUCAUGUGGUGCACAGUGGGGCGGGGCAGUGCUAAAUGACCAGCUGGCAGGAGUUCUCUCAUCCCUCGCAGUGCCAGUCUUAAUUACACAUAGAGAAGCUUUUGUAGACACUAACCAGUAGUAGGAUUAGCAGCCAGGUACCCCCCAUCGAGGAGAUUAUCUGCCUUGUUUGUGGUUUUAAGUGACACGGACAAGUACUGUGCUAGUGUGCAUCAAAAUUCUUGAGUCGAUACAUGACCAAAAAUCGUGACCAGAACUGGAAAAUACAAUUUCUGGGAAAAAUUGCCAUAGUAGAUUUGCUGUGCUAGAUAAACACCUGCAUGUGUCACUUCCUGUUGAUUUUGGGUCACUUCCUGUACAUUUUUGGGCAUUCUGUGUCACUUCCUACACAUGUUUAUAAUUUUAGGGCAUUAUUGGUGAGUUCAUCUGCACUUUGAGUCAUUCCACGUCAUUUCCUAUAUAUUUUUGAUAACUUCUUGUUGAUUUUUGUGCAUUUCUUCAAACCAAGAUCAUUUGAACCUACCUAAUUGCAUCAUGUUGUUUACCAUCUAUUUUGCUAGCUGUCCUGUGUCUUUAAUUCAGGACCGAUGGAAAAUAUUUUCCCCUUAUCACGAGGAACUCAAGAAACAAUUGGCCUUAUUCAUUAGAUUUUCAGUCCUCCGAAGCAUGUUGAGAUGUCAAAAUAUACAGACAGUGACCACGGAAUGCACCAAAAUCAAUAGAAAGUAACCCAAAAUCAAUUGGAAGUGCCCCAAAAUCUACAGGAAGUGACCCGUAUGUACUUGUAAGGCACUCCGACAGACAAGUGGGCCUCAUUACAGAGCAUUAGCUCAGCUGAGAGGAUUGAGGAUUAGCUAGCUCUGCAACCAACUGGAAAGAUACGUCAACCGUCCAAUGACUAUUUUGUACAAUUGUUUUUUGUAAUUUUUCCCUAAAUAUGUAUAUUUUUAUUAAAUGUGCAGUAUGUUCUAAAAAAAAAAAGGAAACUGAAUUAAUUAGCAUUUUCUUUUUGGUACAUUUCUUAGAGUUUAAGGUACAGGUGUUAAAAUCGUGACACGUGGUCCAAAUCCGGCCCGCUUUUCAUUUUGUGUGGCCCGCAAAAGUAAAGCACGUUUUCUUUGCUCAAGUUCAAUUUUAAAUGUAAUUUCUCUUGUCGUUAUUAAAACAUUGAAGACUACAGAUAUGUGAAUAUUUACUGUUAUGUAUUUUUUUAAUUUAAUGUAUAUAUAAUAUAUAUAUACACAGAGGCGUAGCAAGGGUCCCCGGGGGCCCCAGGCAACAAGCAACAUGGGGCCCUUCGAGCGUGCGCAAGUAAGGGGGACAGUUGGACUUGGAGCAAUAGCAUAUUUAAUAAAAGUAUAAUAACGCCUCGGUCUCAUAAAGCGCUUUUUAGGACACUCAAAGUUCCCGGCUUCUACUACAUUAGGACAUAAAACUACAGUAACAUAGUACACUCACCACUGUCAUGCUUCCUUUUCUCCUCUUCUGCUUUUUUAUUUCUUUUGUCGCUUCCACAAAGAUAAAAAAUAAAAAAAUAAAAUAAAAACAUUUAAA